AUGACGGGGCACGGCAUUCCGCUUGGCACCCUCAAGGAAUGUCUCAUGUUCCUGCAGUGGCUCAAUGGCAAUAAAUGCGUGCAAGAACAGCUGGCCUACCGACUGAAAAGGCUUCUUGAUGGCAAAUACAAUACUGUUGAUCAACAGCACAUUGCAUCCGCACUCUCUCAAUUCCUCACUAAUGUGUCUAGGUUUCAUACGAGGCUAUGCAAUAAAGCAGGUCAGAGCAAAAAUAAUCCAAAAACCACAAAACCUGCCCUCAACGCUGUACUCAACUGCAUACCCAAACUGCUUGCCGCCGUGUACUUUCUGAGGUACCAGGUGGAUGAACGUUUCAAAGCAAUGGGUGGAGGAGGGUGGGCUGGUGAUAUGGUUGGAGGGGUUGCACUGCAUAUGUCUUUAGCCAAAGAAAUCGAUAGGUACCUCAUUGCUAAAUCCGGCGAUACAACGUACGGCGUAAUGCCUGGAGGCUUCGAUGCAAGUGACCUGAAAAGUGGUCAUCUGAGUGGUUACUCUCCUGCUUCUGCCAUGGUCAAAGACAUUCAAAGUAUUCUGAACAAGCAAGAUAAAGUACAAAAUUAUUUCCUCGACGUGUAUUCCACAACAGUAAUUCCAGACUCCGGCGCUGACACCGCGAACGUUGCCAACGCUCUGCGUUUGGUGGAGGAUUUCUGCAGGAUAUUUGGAGGCUUAAAGAGCGAGGAGGACUUUAAGAGUCAUUUGUAUAGGAAGAAUAGAUGCAUCCAGUGGAAUGAAUUAAGAGAUCAUUGCAACAAACUGAAGGAUUCACUCAGCAAAAUUUUCAAGGAGAAUAAAUUUUCCUUCACUGGCUAUGCGCGGCAAGAUGAAUUCCUUAAACACCAAGAUAUCGCCAAGAAGAUGGCCAACUGGUUUAAACAGAAUUUGCAUAAAGUGAAAGAUAGUGUGGAAAAUAUUCAGGCUUUUAGUGAUGUAAGAGAGCUUAAGAAGCUUAAGAAGGGAAGUGCCCUGAAGCAAGCUGAUAUAACGGCCCUUCAAAAUUAUUUCAUCAACAACUUCAUUCGCUACGGGUUCACGUUUUAUGGUCACCAGUACAACAAAAAUGCUCCGUAUGAUCUUUUGAAAAAUGAGUGGGACACUGCAAUCCGUGAGCUUAAAAGCAGCGGUGGAGGAUUGGAAAAGCUUGUGGAUAUUCUGAAUGGUGAGAAGUGUAAAGCAGAAGAGCAAGAAAGGCAACAGAGGCAAGAUAAAAAUCAAGAAAAUGUGGAUGACCAAGAUGAAGAGGAAGAUGAGGAGCCGGAGGAUGAAGAGUUGCUGGACAGUGGAAAGACUGUUAAAAUUCCCAAACCAAAACCCCCAAAGCCUGUGGUCACCAAGGCCGAGGCGGCGAAGCCGACUGCCAGUAAAGUUGAAGGAACUUCAAACCAAGGCAAGAAAAGUGAGGGAGCACAGAACCAGGGGAAGAAGGCGGAGGGAGCACAGAACCAGGGCAAGAAGGCGGAGGGAGCACAGAACCAGGGCAAGAAAAGUGAGGGAGCACAGAACCAGGGCAAGAAAGGUGAGGGAUUUCCAACUCCACAAGUUACAGACUCGGCUGCUCCAUCUCCGACUCCCGGUGCUCCAGGAGAUGCAGGCCCAAAAGGAGAUCAAGGCCCGCAAGGGUCUCCUGUUACAGUGACUCCGGUGCCUACUGUUACAGUGUCUCCGACGUCUCAGGACACAAUUUCACCAGUUCAAAACACUGUGCAACAUCAACAACCUGUUCCAAGCCCGUCAAUUCCUCCCCCUCCACCGGCUCCUCCCAGUACUUCUGGAGCCCCUGGCUCCCCUAGUCAGCCAGGUCAGGGUUUGCCAGGCGAUGGUUCUCCAGGACCACUCCCUGGUUCCCCUCAAGAUUCUGUGCUUACUCAGUCUCCAAGUGCUUCAAGUUCAAGCCCUGGGUCAACUGGUGGCAGGGGGACUGGGCAACAGGGUGAUCAAAAUGGUAGUAAAGAUGUUAGUCAGCCAACAAGUCAAGGCUCCGGUCAAACCCCAAGCAGCGUCACUACUACGUCGGGUGCCACGGCGUCUGGUGGAGGUGGGGGUAGGAGUGGGUCAGGAGAUAAGGUUGUUCCUCAAUCCGUUCCAAAUGUUAGUAAAAAACAGUGCAAAUCAGAUGAAUAUUUAGUGAAAGAUUCCGGUGGCAAUGAAAUGUGUUUUCGAAAUCCUCAGAAUCCCGCCCCAACCAAAUCAUACGGCCCCAACCUUUCCCCCGAUUUUCUAAAGAAACUUAGAGAAAAAGAAGCAGACGUCCUUAAAAAGGCGGAAGAGGAGGAGGAACGGAGACGUCAGCAAUAUUUACAGUAUUACUAUCCUAAAACAUUUCAUCAGAUCCCUACUGCUGUUGAGUCUUCAGCCACUAUGGGCCUUGAUGGCGUCGACGUCUCCAAUGAAUCUUUGUAUGAUCCCGGCCUAUGGUGGGAACAAAGGUAUAGAAAUGAUUGGAAUUAUCCGAAGCAAUUAGUAGAGUGGACUGCAAAAAAGGAGCAAGAGAAAUUCGAGAGAAAUCUUGAAGAAGCUAAGCAAAAUGUAUCGAAACAACUUAAGGACACCUGGAUACUUCAGGAAUUACGGGACGACGACCUUGGCCACGUCGUCGUACCUUACAUACAUACGUCGAUGCCACUUCCGGAUCCGGAGUAUCCGGACCCGUUAGCACCCAAAGCUUUGUCACUGUCAGGAUCAGUCAUUGAUUCGCCGCCUCCUGAGACAGAUGACCCAGUGCCGCCGCCAACUGGUGACCAAUACGACUGGGACAUCGAAGUUGUACAACCGCAUCCAGACGCAGUGGAGAGCGCACUUAUAGGCAUAGAUCCGUAUUCUGACGUGAAAGACGAUGGACUGGUAUUCGAAAAAAUUGAUCGCCAAUCUGAUGCCAAACAAGAUUAUGUCGACCUCCACAUUGAUGUCCGCAAGCCCAUUGUUCAAGACCUUGUCGAUAAUCCUGAUGAAUACCUUUACUCCAACGCGGAGGAUAUCCUGCGGGACGAGUUGAAAAAUGCGGAGUCCUGGCAUGGUGAAGACAAAGGAUUUUCUGCCCUGCCCAAGAGUAAUUUCAACAUUGAAUUUACUCCAUCAUUUUUAGAAUCUGAUGGGAAGCAUGAUGCUGGUAUUACCCGCGGUACUCCAAGGAAGCCAUAUGACCAGCACAUUCCAGUGUUCCCUGACUCCGGAGAAUGCCAAGCUCCCUGGUACGCCCAUGAUGCCUCACAUUCCACCGACCAACUAACUCUCUCCCCGCCCCCAGCCUCGGACCAUCUGCCCCCGCCAAACACCGUCAGGGAAAUGCUCCACUGGCUGGUCGGGUUGACUCAAUAUGGGUAUAUUGGCGCGAUCGAGAAUCAUGUUAAGAGCCUUUUGAGGGAGCUUAACGAGGAUGCCUCCCAUCCUUCAGACGCCCUAGAUGUCACCGGGGAUCCCACUCAGCUGACCGCUUCCCAUGUAUCCAACACCCUGACCGAGGCGUCCCUCUACUCGGCAAACGUUCUCCACAGGCUCAAGCACAAAGACAUUUCGACAGCCGAUACAAUGCCUGACUUCAGCUCAGAAUAUUCCAAGCUUUGUUAUUCCUCGGACCCCGCCCGCCUCCUCUGCCAGCUGCGGGACUACGUCUACGCCUGCUGCCACCAGUUGGAGUUCCUAAAGGCGCAGUGUUCUAGGAAGGCAUCUGAGGGUGGAUGGCAGGAUUGUGAAUAUGGCCAAGAUGCCAAGACUCCGUCCCCCCUCCAGGCCUUCCUGACUGACGCCCCCAACUCCAAGCUCAAGACGCAUCCCUUCGACCCGCGCAACAUCUGCCUCAAGAGCCGUGUCAACAUGGGAUUCACAAAGGAAGAUUUGCCUAAACCUCACGAAACUGGCAAGCAUAUUUCCACCAUCCUCUCUCCCACCUGCGGCGGCGAGGGUCCCCUGCUGACGCUGUCCUCUUACCUCAACUGCCUCACCCAGCGGACGCCGCGCACCACCGGGGAGCUUGUGUCUUUCUUCCACCAUUUCGGGAACGAGCUGCACGAUGCGUCUCUCAAGUUGUCUCCACUGGGCUCCGCCCUCCACAAGCCACAUCCUCACUGCCCCGACUGGGACCGCCUUGGUAACUCCCACCUUCGAGUCAUCAAGGACAUCCGAGGCUCCGACCCUCCCACCUCCAACCACGACCAUGCAAAGACCCUGUCCACGCUGCAUAUGAAGCCCAUCACCUAUCGGGCCUACGCCCUGUACUCCACGGCGUUCGUCCACCACUACCUCAGCUGGGUGGUCCACCUAACCGACAGACUGUGGGAGUCACUGACCAAGCUGCACUGUGAUCUCGAGGAACUUCAAUGUCACGCCGCCAAGCCCAAGCCCCUCCACCAGUGUGACAAGGCCCUGCCGCUGCUCUACACUCACGGCCUCACCCCGCCGGACGGGACACUGCAGCCUUCACUCACGUGUUCACAGUUCAUCGCCAAGUUGGAGGCAGUGGUCGCCGGACAGCCUAUCGCAAGCCUCAUGACCGCCAUGGACCUUUUCCUUUACGGCAUCCGGGAGCCCUUCCUCUUCACCAUCGUCGCACUCUGGCUCACCGCCACGCUCUACAUCGCCCACUCACUACUCUACCGCAUGGACGUCCUGCGCAUCCGCUCCCACCUUCUCACCACCAGGGCCUCUCACCUCAUCGACGUCAAGGCGCUGCUCGCCGGAAGCCGCAGGAUGCUCUCGCUCUACAAGGACGUCGACUACUUCGACGAUGACUUUCACUCGUGA